AUGGAAACUCCAGAUCAACCAACAAAUCAGCUGCGUCCUGCUCCAGGCGCUCCCAGAGUGCAGCCCGAUUUCCGGCAACGAACGCUAGUUGUUGAACGAAUAGCAGCACCAAGAGAAAUAUCGCCUUCGCACGAUGUCAAGAGUAAUGCAAGCACUACAAACAUAAGGCCAUUAUUUGAAUCGCUGACGAAUAUCAAGACUGCUGUUGAAGAACGUGGUGCUCUGAGGGGUCCUUCUUGGAGCUCCAAGUCAGAUUCGUCGUAUUCGAUCAUGCUGCAUGGGAAACGAAGACUUAUUGAUGUGGUUGAUGAUGAAUGGGCAAAGGAGAAGCUUGAGGAUGAUGAUAUGUAUCUGCCAGCAAAUGAGUUGCCUCAAACUGGUGAUAUUGAUGAACCCGCAAAGGAGGAUGGCGACAAAUGGAAGGAUAUAGACCUGGAAACACUAAAAGACAUGCUGAGAACACGAUAA